UUUAAUCGAUGACAGAUGGCGUUGACAGUACCUUCAUCUGAACAUCAACACAACAUAUGGUUCAUCCCCGAAAUGCAGGAACAAAAUAUUCCCAUCGACAUUCAGACUUCAAAGCUUCUCGAUUGGGUUAUCAGUCGACGACACUGUGCGAAAACAUGGCCCCAGCAAAUUACCCUCAUUCGCGAGAAAAUAAAUUCAGCUAUUCAAGACAUGCCAGAGCAUAAAGGAAUCACCAAACUACUAACAGGAACAUAUAUUAACUACUUUCACUGCCUCCAAAUUAUUGAAAUAUUGAAAGAAACAGAAGCUGAUACUAGAAGUCUGUUUGGACGAUAUGGGUCACAAAGAAUGAAAGAUUGGCAAGAAGUUGUUCGCUUGUACGAAAAAGAAAAUGUUUAUCUUGCAGAAGCAUGCCAAAUUCUUAUGAGAAAUGUGGCAUAUGAGAUUCCUGGAAUUAAGAAAUCCAUAGCUAAAUAUGAGCAAGUUCAGCAUGAUACUGAGAAGAAAGAAGUGGAGUGUGUAAAAAAUGCUCAAGAUUUCAGAGACAAAUAUAAAUCACUUGCAAAUCAACUGGGUAUUGAAGGAAAGAACAUCAAGAGUGAGCUGACUGAUCUACUUGGUAGCUUGCCAGAGAUGUACAAAGAAGUGGCAACACAGGCAAAGAAAACUAAAGAGGCAUCAGCUUUUUACCGAUCAUUCCUUGGACAGAUUAUCACAAACAAUAGUGAACUCACCUGCCUUCCGGUUUUGCAGUACAUCAUCGAACAUGGAAAUACAACCGUGUACGAGUGGCGAUAUGGCGAACCACCUUUACGUAUAGAAGAGUCCGUUUUGUUUGUUGAACCCGAAGCUUCUGUGACUACCGAUGAUGCUAUUGACUUUGGCGAUGCAGCUAUUGAUUUUGGGACCAGCGACGUCGAAUUGGAAACCGGAGAUAUUGACUGGGGGCAAAUUGACAUGCUUCCUGACGCACACGAGGCAACGAUAGACUUUUCAACAACUGAAGAUGCUGAACUCGGAAUUGUUGUCCAGGAGGCGGGCGUUGAAGGUGGAGUAGCAAAAGACAAUGAAGCAUUCACGAUGUUGGAUUAUCAUAAGACCAGAAACAUGUUUCUCGACGAUCUCGCGGAGCUGGAAGCUUUCUUGAGACAGCGUUUGAUGGAAAUUCAAGCAACUGCUAAAGAGUCUAAGAUGGGUUUUAGUUUCUCUCAAUCACAUUCUAGCACCGAAAUAUCACCACAAGAGCUUGAAGUCAUGCUCAGCCACGUUUUGAGUACUUUGGAUGCUAUAAACCGACCUAAACUGAAAAAUUUAGCUCUUAUCCGUGAAUCACCAAGGUACGUUGAUCGUGUAGCCAAUUCGUUGCAGCAGCACCUACAUUUGGCCGACAAAGUGGAAGGAAAUCGAACGACGUUAGCCGAAAGACGCCGUACUGCUGCUACGGAACAAGCUCGUCUUCAGCCAACAUUGAAGAAGCUGAUCGAACGUACAAAAGAACUGCAGGCUGAUUUAGAGAAAAACAUAUCGAAAAAAUAUAACAAUAGGCCCGUUCAUAUAACUGGCGGCGUAACCUCCCUCUGAGAAGCAAGACGAUUGCGGACGUCUUUUGGGUUUCUUUUUUGUUUUCGGGUGAGAUUCUUUAAUAAUACAUUUUUGUCUUAUUCAUUGCAAAA